GGAAUUGGGCGAUUUAGGGAAUCAAGAAUUAAAUAAUUGGUUGACCUGGCGAUUCACAUGUGUAAUUACCCAAACUUGCCGGCCUCGGUCGGGUUUUCCAGUCGUGGCGUCGUCUUAGUCGACUCUUGUAUUUGCCGGUUACACAAUCUUUACUUCUUCUAGUGCCCUUACUCUCUGCGAUUCACUCCUGUCUCUCUCUCUCUGCCCUUUUUUCAUCGUUUUUCCCUCAAUUUUCUGGUUCAUCACACUCUGACUCCUAUCUGACGAAGGCCUCACAGGGAUGUCAGAGAAAGCUCUUAGUGAUAACAAUACAACUCCUGAAAGUGAAAGGAAGAAAGAUAGCUCUGGUAAGGCAUGUUCAAAUGUGGAUUCUGUUGACAAUGCGGAUCAAAAUAUCAAAGAUCUGCAGAAGAAAAAAAUUUGUGCUUCCAUAGUGCCUCCAUCUGUCAAUGGUAAUCUUUCUGGCGAUUCUCAAAUAGAAAUAGGAAAUGCAGAAGUAGAAUACAUUGAUUCUGAGAACUUGAGGGAUUUAGAAGAUAUUGACAGUUGUCUCAAGACUCUUUUGGCUGGAUUAGACUCCAAGGACUGGAUCAUGGUAUGUAAUGCCCUCAAUAAUGUGCGGCGGAUUUCAAUAUUUCACAAGGAGGCACUACUUGAUAUUCUGGGGGAUGUGAUCACGUCUGUUGUGAAGUCCCUGAAAAGCCCUAGAAGUGCUGUAUGCAAAACUGCCAUUAUGACAUCUGCAGACAUUUUCAGUGCAUAUAAUGAUUUUAUAAUAGAUUUUCUGGACCCCCUGCUGGUGCAGCUUCUUCUCAAGUCUUCACAGGACAAGCGCUUUGUAUGUGAGGCAGCUGAGAGAGCCUUAAUAGCUAUGACUACCUCGAUUUCCCCUACGUCUUUGUUACCAAAAUUGCAACCUCAUCUUAAGAAUAGGAAUCCUCGAAUUCGUGCAAAGGCAUCGAUGUGCUUUUCUCGAAGUGUCCCUCAAUUGGGAGCUGAGGGCAUAAAGGCUUAUGGGAUUGACAAAUUGAUCCAAGUAGCUGCAUCCCAGCUGAGUGACCAGCUCCCUGAAUCCAGGGAGGCAGCCCGAACUCUGCUACUCGAGCUUCAGAAUGUGUACGAGAAAUUUCAUGAUCCCAUGCCUGCUUCUGUUUCUGAGCAUCCAGAGCCGGGUUCGUGGGAGAACUUCUGUCAAUCAAAACUUUCACCGCUAAGUGCUCAGGCCGUACUUCGCGUUACCAGUAUUGCUCGCGAGGGUCUGGUUUCAUGACACGCGCCAUGCUUGAACUUCUUUAAUAUCCGGUCUGCUCGUCAUAUUUUUUCCCCUGUAUAUACAGUGAAAAUUGAGAUGGUUCGAAUUGCUGUUUAAGCACGGAUUGAACAGGAAAUUUAUGAUUUGGUUCCGCAUCUCUCCUUUUAUCGUCAGAUAUCCAAAUUACGUCAUUUCCUCUCUUUUUCUCAUUCCCUUAUGUUUGGCAGAACACUUGUGGUUGAUUGGCUUCGAGGCUUUGGCAUUCA